AUGCACAUUUCGGUACGACUUCUGAGCACCUUCGGACUGCUAGCGACACUCGUCGUCGUGCAGCCCCAGAUGGCCGUAGCUCAGGUCGAAUCUUCGCUGGUUUCUCCCACGCCACGCCGAACCGCUGAACCAGCGGCCCGCCUGGUUCGGCAAGAGAAUCGCGAUACUCCGCCGGCAGAUCUCAAGCCAAGUGAAGACCCCCGCAGCCAGGAUCCCGCUCGAGGUCUGUAUCGGGUGCUGGUGACCAUCGACCCCGAUCAGCAGGUCGAAGAAAGCUACAGCCGGCACGACAUCGUCGAGUUACUGGCGGUCGAUCAGACAUUCGACUGGGCCCAGAACAUUCGCUUCCAGCACGAUAUCUGGUCGCUGGAAUUCUCGUUCAAGCCGAUGCGGAUGAUCGAAGUCGAUGUGCCCCAGGCCAGCGGGAAGAUGCGGAAGAAGCAGGUCUGGUACAUGAUCUAUCGCGUGGUGAACUACGGCGAUACUCCGGUGCCCGACUUCACCCCCAUCUUCGAACUGGUCAGCGACGUGAAGGACGACCAGGGUCGCUUCAAGCGGUACAUGGACCGAUUGAUCCCGGUGGCCAACGAGCCGAUCGCCGAACGCGAGCACUUCCCUCACGGCAUUUUGAACUCAGUCGAAAUCAGCGGUGAGAUCCCGGUGAGCGAACGCCCGGCCACUGGGGAAGACGGCCAGACCGCUGGCCCCGGCGUGAUGAACCCCGUGUGGGGCGUGGCCACCUGGGAAGACGUCGACCCCCGGACCGACCGCUUCCUGGUCUACGUACGUGGGCUGACCAACGCCUACCGCUGGGAAGACGCCCCCGAGGGACGCCGCAUGACCCACAAGACGCUCAAGCUCAAGUUUUGGCGUCCCGGCGACGAUCUGCACCAACACGAGCGAGAAUUCCACUUUGGUGAGCCCGGUGCGGUUGACUACGAGUGGGUUUACCGCAGAUUUAUCGGUCGCGGGAUUCUCACGGAGAUCAUCGUCAUGGCACAUAAAAAGGGCCAGGGAUCCAGCCGCAACGGUCGCGACUCGAACGCACAACGCCGUGGCGUCAAGCGUUUCGGUGGCGAAAAGGUUGAGCCCGGGCACAUCAUCGUUCGUCAGGUGGGCAACCGCUUCCAUGCCGGCAAAGGCGUGGGUCAAGGCAAAGACUACACCCUCUUCGCCCUGGUCGAUGGCUACGUCAAGUUCGACCGCAAGGGCCGUCGCGUGAACGUGGUCGAUCAAACCCUGGCGCCCAAUCGAGAUAAUUUCAAGGGACGGGUCGAAUUCGACCGGUCCCUUUUUUUAUUCACAGACCCGUUCUUCGUGCGGACUGCUGAAGAACCACUAACCCAAGUUGGACCGACGAUGUUUGUCGACCGUGCCAAAAUCCAUGUCGCCGGCGGUAAAGGAGGCGACGGCUGCGUCAGCUUCCGCCGCGAGAAAUAUGUUCCCCGCGGAGGCCCCAACGGCGGCGACGGUGGCGACGGUGGCAGCGUGAUCAUCGAAGCAGUCGCCGGCGUGAACUCGCUGGCCGAACUGGCUCACAAGCACCAUUGGAAUGCCCGGAGUGGCGAACAAGGUCGCGGCGACAACUGCCACGGCAAGAGUGCCGAAGACCUGAUCAUCAAAGUCCCCCCCGGCACGGUCGUGUACGACGAGAGGGGGAUGUUCCGCCUGAAAGACUUGGCCAACGCGGGCGAUAGUGUGACCGCGGCCAAGGGCGGCAAAGGCGGGAAGGGAAACACCCGCUUUAAAUCCUCGACCAAUCGCGUGCCCCGCGAGUUCACCCCCGGUGAACCGAGCGAAGAACGCACGCUGAUUCUGGAACUCAAAGUCAUUGCCGACGUGGGACUCAUCGGCAAACCCAACGCGGGUAAAAGCACGCUGCUCAGCCGGCUAUCGAGGGCCAGACCGGAGAUUGCCGACUACCCGUUCACCACCAAGUUCCCCAACCUGGGCCAGGUGCAGAUCGAUUUCGAUCGGGCUUUCAUCAUGGCCGACAUUCCGGGCCUCAUCGAAGGGGCUCACGCGGGCGUCGGCCUGGGUCACGAAUUCUUGCGGCACGUCGAACGCACUCGGGUGUUGGUACACUUAGUGGAACCGCAGCCGAUGGACGAGACUGACCCGUUGGAAAACUACCGUGCGGUGCGGAACGAAUUGAAUCAGUACGAUGUCGACCUCGCCGAUCGGCCGGAGAUCGUUGUGGUCAGCAAGGGUGAACUGCCCGAGGCCGAUAAAACGGUCGACCGGCUUUCGGCCGAAUUGGGCAACCCGGUGCUGAAACUUUCGGCCGUAACGGGCGAGGGUCUCGACAAGCUGCUGAACGCCGUCAGCGAAAAACUCGCGCAGUGCGCCAACCCCUGA